CACUGUCAAAAUGCUUGUCCUGUGGAUUACAUUAUUUUGUCUUCACAAAGGAUAUUCUCUGGUUCCAGUUAAAACUGUUCAGCUUGGUGAACCAGCAACCUUGCCAUGUGCUAUUCCCAAAGAGCGCAGCAUUAGGGGACUCAAAUGGUACAAGCAGAGCGUCGGGGAUACUCUUAAAUUAAUAGUUAGUUUGAUUCAGUCUCCAGAUUAUGGUCCUGGAUUUUCAAGCUCAAGAUUUCGGAUAAAUAAUGAUGCAAAUUUUAGCAGCCUGACCAUUUUGGAGACAGUUCAAGAGGAUGAGGGUCACUAUCAUUGUACAAACACGGAAUGGAUUGGAACUACAUGGAGUGGGAUGUAUUUGUUAGUAAAAGGAAAAACUCAGAGGACAUCAAACUUUGCAGUCAGUAAGUUGCUGAUAGAAUCAAAUCCAGUCCGUCCAGGAGACACAAUAACGCUCCAGUGUUCAGUCUUCUCUGACUCUGACAACAAGACGUGUCCAGAAGAUCUCAAUAUUCUCUGGGUCAGAGAUGGAUCAGAUAAAUCUCUUCCAAACAUCAUCUACACUGACAGAAAUAAACGUAAUAUAUGUGAUGAAAGAUCUGACAAUCAGAAGACAUGUGUUUAUCACUUCUCUAAGAAUGUCAGCUCCUCUGAUGCUGGGACUUACUACUGUGCUGUGGCCACAUGUGGGGAGAUAUUAUUUGGAAGUGGAACUAAACUGGAUAUUCAAGAGUCAUCCACAAAAUCAGCAUUUAUUCACCUGGCAGUAUUAAUUGUUUGUUUGGGCAUUUCUGUCAUUGGAAAUGUUUUUCUCAUGUGCAACCGAACAGGUAAACAAUUUAAAGGAAAAGAAAAUGCUAUAUCAGAUGCACAAACUGACACCUCACGCCAACCAACCGUAGUUGAUGAAGAACUAAACUACGCUGCGCUGAAUUUCUCUGAAAGAAAAACGAGAGGAAGAAAGAAGAGAGAGUGUGCUGAAGACAGUGUCUACUCUCAAGUUAAAUGCUGAUGUCAAUGAAAAUUUUAAGCAUCUCCUCAAAUUUAAAUUGAUCCUGAUUUUUUCCUUGUUAAACAUGCUGUAUUUGGGACUCUUUGGUCUUUUCUUUGUUCUUGUGUGUCUUUGUUAAAUCUUAAUUAAUAUUUACAGUCAACAGACACCAUCACUGACAAUGUUUCAGGGCUCUCAUAGCUUAAAACAUACUUGUGUUGUAUUACAUCCUUGAUUUUUAACUGUAUUAACUGUUUGUUCUGGUUUUUGCAAUAAAGAAAGAAUCAUA